CGAGGGCAGACCUGCCCCGAACGAUUUACGAGGAACUGGACUAUCGCGUUCUUCUCCAAUAGACAUCGCCUGAUUUCAUUGCUUCUUCUCCAUUAGCCAUCUCUCUCUCUCUCUCUCUCUCACCCUCUCCGUCGCUCUCUAUGGAAAAGAAACUCGUGCAGUACUCGGUGGUGGACGCAUUCACCGACACGGCCUAAGGGAACCCGGCGGCGGUGUGUAUCUUGGAAGAAGAGAGGGACGAAGAGUGGCUGCAGGCGGUAGCCAGGGAGUUCAACUUCUCGCAGACCUGUUACCUGACCGGUGCCUCGAGCUCAGAACUCGCCGGCUCGGCCAACGGAUCGAGCCCGAGGUUUCAGCUCAGGUGGUUCACUCCAGUUAAGGAGGUUGACCUCUGCGGUCAUGCGACGCUAGCUGCUGCGCACACUCUCUUCACAUCUGGGAUGGUAGAUUCUGACACCAUCGAGUUUAUGACAUUAUCCGGAAUUCUGACUGCCAAAAGGGUUCCCGAAACGAAGUCAUCCCACAUUUUGAAGAUAAAAGAUGGUGAUGUGCCCGGGAUAUGGAUUGAAUUGGAUUUUCCUGUAGUCCCGAUCGCUGAAGAUGAUGCCGAGCGGAUUUCAUGUGUCUCCAAAGUUCUCAAUGGCACUUCCAUUGUUGAAAUCAAGAAGACAGCAAAGGGCGACUAUUUCAUUGUUAUCCCAUCAUGGAAAGAAGUUGAAGAAUUUCAGCCCCAGUUUGAUGAGAUAAAGAGAUGUCCUGGGAGGGGUAUUAUCAUCACUGGAUCAGCUCAGCCAGACUCGGGAUUCGAUUUUGUCAGUCGAUUCUUUGCCCCAAAAGUUGGACUUAAUGAGGAUCCUGUAUGUGGCAGUUCACAUUGUGCUUUGGCACCUUAUUGGAGUGAAAAGCUGGGGAAAAAAGAUCUCGUUGCCUAUGCUGCAUCGCCCAGAGGUGGAGUAGUGAAGGUGCACUUGGACGAGCAGAACCAGAGAGUGUCAUUGCGCGGGAAAGCUGUAACUGUAAUGAGGGGCUCUCUUCUUGUUUGAAUUUCUAGCGCUUCUUCUUGUUUCUGAACUUAAAGCACGUGAAAAUCACUACGUGAGAAGGAAUUGAAAUAAAUGAGCUUAUGUUGUGGGUUUGAAAUAAUGUGAAAUACAUGAGAUAGCGUCCUUUCCUGUACGACAGGUUCUUAAUUUGCUUGCAGUAGAGAGUGAACUGAAUAAGUGUUGAAUGGAUCCGUUGUUUCAUUCC